AUGGACUAUGCCUUGAGUCAAGCACUCAACUACAAUACAGAUGGAAUCUCACACACUAUAACCUUCUACGACAUAAAUUGUCAGUAUCAUAAGUUUUUGAAGGACCAAAUCGCAUCCAGCAUGUAUCUUUCCAUCCCCAUCAGCAUGGACAUCAUUCCUGGAAUAGGUUUGUGGCAUGUAGAUGGCCAUCAGGACAGCUGCUAUGUCCGGUAUGCAUCAAAUUUCAUCCGUGGAACCGGCAGGAUUGAUGGAGAGAUCAUGGAAACACUCUGGGCAUCUUUAAACAUAAUCUCUGUAUAUUUCCCAGAUUAG